GUCAUUCGUAAGGUCGAUGUGCUUUCUUUCUCUAAUUUAUCAGAAUUUUUUUGACUUUUGUUUGUGAGGUUUUCUUGCAAGGUGUAGUGCAAUUGUUUUCAGAAUCUAGCCAAGUGUUUGUCGUUAUUUUGUGUUAAUAUCGUCAAAGUAACCUUAGCAAAAUAAUGUCCGACAAGAAAGCCAUUGGUGGCGCUGGUCCUCCACCAUCAAGUGGACCCUCAUUUACUCCCCAACCUCCGCCGCAGGCUAAUCCCCCAAUGCCGACUACUCAGCCUUAUGGUGUGAUGCCAGGUAUUCCGGGAGGUAAUCCAUAUGUGAUUCCUGGGCAGACUCAGAUAUAUCCACAGGGGCCUCCCCCUACUUAUGAUCAAGCUUUGACUCAUCCUGCUGCUAUUGUUGGACAACACAUGUAUCCACCAGGUACAAUGUACGCUGCCGGCUAUCCAACAUACUUAGGAUAUCCAACUUACGCCCCGAUGCAGUAUUAUCCUUCUCUAGGUGCUUACUCAUAUGCCAUGCAACCUGCGCAACUCAGGCCAACUAUAAUGAUACCUAACGGUUACGAUGCAGGUGCAAGAUUUGACGGAAUAGCUCAACAGGUACUUCCCCCAGCUCCACCCGGUGUCCCCCCAUCAGCAGCACAACUAGCAGCAAUGGCCGGCCAUCAGGUGGCUUUAGGACAGAAGAAAAACACCUUCCUAGCCGGAGGAUCUGACGGGGGCUACACUUUUUGGUAGAAAAAGCUCGAAAUUAAAAUAGGAAAAACGAAAUUGUUACAUUUUAUUUUGACGGACGGAUGCCCCGACAUUAAAAAAACAACAACGUCGAUAGGGGUUUUUAAAUCUAGUCCUUAGUUAAUAGGCCAGAAGUUAGUUACUCGGUUCACAAGAGGAUGACGUAAUACAUUUAAAUCGUAACCUUAUAUACAAGUUUAAAUAUAAUUCAAUUUAGAUG